CUUCAACCUUCAAUCUCCUCUCCGUGAUGAUCUCUCUCAGUCUCUCUCCGUCUCUGUCUCUAUCCCGUUACAACAACUAAAACCUCCUCCCAAUCGAAAGCAAACCCACACUUUUCUCUCGACAUGUCUUCGUCUUCGUCUUCCGCCUUCUCCUACCAGAGGCUACGCCACGAGGGCGACGGCGCCGACGACUACGACGACGGCGGCGAAAUAAGAGAGAGAGUGAUCGGGAGGCGGAGGAGCUGGCCGAGGACCCGGAAGGUGCACGUGAGGAAGAGGCUGAGGCUGAGGAUCCCGAGCUUGAAGAGGUUCCUGAGGAGAAAGGCCAGGUUGGUGGCGGACUCCUGGGCUAGGGUUUUGAAGCGGCUGAAAGAGAGCCAGUCCCACUUCGGAGAUCUCUUCGCCGGCAACUACUUGUUCAUGCAGGUCAACCCCACGCCGUUGAAAUUGGUCGGCAGAUCUCUCAAGGGCGAUCAUCGUCUUCCUCCUCCAGCUGGUUUGUCUUCUGGGAUCAAUAUUGCUCAUUCAAUGAAUCCACCAGCCAUAUCUUGAAUAAUUAAUUAAUGACGCAGGAUAUAUACCUAGAUAGGGCUUGAUCAAUUUAGACCUGCAGGGAACUGUGAACGAUGAUGGAAAAUAAUUAUAAUAUGUAGUCCUUUGAUGAUUUGAUUUACUUCUUCUUCCGGCCAAACGUGGAUAUAUCGAUGUCUGAAAAUGGUUGUCGUAGUUGAAUUAAUUAA